UGAGCACACAAAAAGAUGACAUUCUUUAGGCUGUGCAUUGUCCUCAAUUUGGCGCUUGCAGUUUAUUGUAUUCCAGUACCACAGAUUCCUACAGAAGCUGAGAGUCUGGCAGAGGGUUACCUGCAGAAGUUCUUCAAUCUUACGGAGGAGAGUGGCCCUCCGUCCAGACGGGGGAUUAGUCCGCUGAGCAGGCGUCUGAGUGAGAUGCAAAGAUUCUUUGGUUUACAAAUCACAGGCACGCUGGAUGCGGACACCUUGGAGAUGAUGAAGAAGCCUCGCUGUGGCGUUCCCGACAAUCAUUUUGCCAGAUUCUCCAUCUUCGGAAACAACCUCAAGUGGCAGAAAAAUAGUCUGACAUACAGGAUAGAGAACUACACACCAGACAUGUCCCAGUCAGAGGUGGAUGAUUCCAUAGUAAGAGCUCUGGACGUUUGGGCCAAAGUGACUCCUCUUAGAUUUACUCGACUCUACAGCGGCACAGCAGACAUCAUGAUCUCUUUUGGUCGACAAUCGCAUGGAGAUUAUUACCCCUUUGAUGGCCGUGAUGGAACCCUGGCCCACGCCUUCGCUCCAGCGCCUGGCAUUGGUGGAGACGCCCACUUUGAUGAUGACGAGACCUUCACUUUCCGCUCUAAUUCUGGAUAUGUUCUCUUCAUGGUAGCAGCCCAUGAGUUUGGUCACUCCCUCGGCUUGUCUCAUUCUGAUGACCCCGGGGCCCUCAUGUACCCCAUGUACUCGUACAGAAACCCAGACACUUUUCUUCUGCCCCAAGAUGAUGUCAAAGGCAUCCAAUCUCUUUACGGUCCAAAUACGGAUCCUCAUAAGCCUGGACCUACACCCCCCACCACCCCUGAUGCUUGCGACUCAACCAUGGUUUUAGAUGCUGUCGCCACUCUGCGUGGAGAGAUGCUCUUCUUCAAAGACAGGUUCUUCUGGCGAAGCUACCCUCAGAGCAGAUCGCCUCAGCAAAGUCUCAUCACCAGUUUUUGGCCCAACGCUCCUGCCGACAUCGACGCUGCUUACGAGAGUCAGCAGUCAGACAAAAUCUACAUCUUCAAAGACCGUCAAGUGUGGGCUUUCUCUGGCUACGAUCUGGUCCGAGGCUUUCCCAAAACACUCAGCAGCUUUGGUCUGCCUAGAAGUGUGAAGAAAAUCGACGCAGCUUUAUAUGACGUGCAAUCAAGAAAAACUCUGUUUUUCGUCGGCAGUAAUUACUACAGUUUCGAUGAGGCUGCGAACAGUGUGGACUAUGGGUUCCCCAAACUUAUUCAUCAGACCUUUGCUGGCCUGGAUAAAGUGACGGCAGCUUUCCAGUAUCGAGGUUUCACAUACAUCUACAGCGGGCCCUACAUGUUUGAGUACGACUUGAAGACCGGGAGAUUGUUCCGCGUGCUGAGGAACAGCUACUUCCUGCGCUGCACCAACUACUAUUUGCGUCUCCCUCCGAUGCGGGACCUUCCAGAGGACCCGCUGACAGCGCACUCGGACACGCCCCCGCCCACGCUAAGCGCAGCACGCCCACUCAGCGACAAGCCUGCACUCAUUUAUCAAUCUGCUCACCUGGUUCUGAUGAGGGCAAGAUCAAAAAAGGACCAAUGGACCCAAGGAUCGGCGAGGGAACUUAGUUCUCAUAUGGUGAACCACGUAUUCUCUAUCUGCAGGACAAUAACUAUGGAAGCUCCAUGGACUGUCAAGGCUGUCAUCAUGAUGGUGACGAUAGCAGUGUGUACAGCUGUGCCUGCCGUCCUCGACAGCCAAGAGGAUGUCGCUAAAGCCCAGGAUUACCUUUCUCAGUAUUUCUCUGAAGUGGGCGUCAGUGAUGGUACCGGGACGUGGCGUAGUGGACUUGACUCCUUCACAGACACCCUGAAAAUAAUGCAAGAGUUUUUUGGCCUGGAGGUGACAGGACAGCUUGACUCAAACACCAUGGAAGUGAUGUCUCGCCCUCGAUGUGGUUUCACAGACUUGGACAAAUACAAAUACGGCCACUUUGACGGUCAGCCCAAGUGGGAGAAGAACGUGAUCACUUACAGGAUAACAGACUACACGUCGGACUUGAGUGAAAGUUACGUAGAUGCUGCCCUUGCCAAAGCCCUGCAGGUCUACAGUUCUGUAACACCUUUGGAUUUCAAGCAGAUUACUAGCGGCACGGCCGACAUCAUGAUCAAGUUCAAGGCUGACAAUCAUGGAGACUUUGCUCCUUUUGAUGGUCAGGGUGGUGUCCUGGCACACGCCUUUUCCCCUGGAGAGGGCAGAGGAGGCGACACCCAUUUUGAUGACGAUGAACUCUGGACUCUAACCUCAUCAGGAUCUAACCUUUUCUUGGUGGCAGCCCAUGAGUUUGGCCAUGCGCUUGGUUUGUCACACUCCAAGCUUCCAACAUCUCUCAUGUACCCCACCUACCAGUACACCGACACAGAUGGCUAUGUGCUACCCGACGAUGACACGCAGGGAGUGCAGGCACUCUACGGAGUCAGAUCGUCGUCACAACCAACAGUUAAUCCUGAACCCCAACCUGGAUCACAGUCUGAACCUUCUCCAAAACCUGUUCCGGACAGGUGCAGCAAUAAUUUAGUUUUUGAUGCUGCAACCUCCAUAAACAAUUAUCUUUAUUUCUUCAAAGACGGCUAUUUUUGGAAGAGGAGCAGCAACUGGGAUGGUGUCACUACAAGGAAAAUAAGUUCCAUCUGGCCUGGAAUUAACAAAGUGGACGCUGCGUACGAGUACAAGAGACGCAACAUUGUUGUACUAUUUGAAGGGAACCGCUACUGGCAGGUCCGAAGAAACAGCGUUUUACCAGGUUUCCCUAAACCUCUCAGCGACUUGGGCUUUCCUUCAUCAGUCACCAAGGUCGAUGCUGCCGUCCAUGUAACGUUUUUGGGAAGAACCCUUUUCUUUGUGGACAACAAGUACUGGAGUUACAGUGAACGGAGAGGACGAAUGGAUCGUAGGAACCCAAAACUUAUUCGCACAGAGAUUCCGGGGAUUGGCUACAGAGUGGAUGCUGUCUUUGAGAACAGAGGGUACCUGUACUUUUCCUAUGGACCCAGGCAGACACAGUACUCUUAUGUGAAAAGGAGAGCAGUUCGUAUUCUGAAAAACAACGACUGGAUGGAUUGCGAUUGAACUUCUUCACGCAUUGGUAUGUCUUUGAUUUACAGCAGUGCCGGUGUUCUGACGAAUCGGGCUGCUUCGUCAAAAAGAGCUUCCCAACGCUACUGAGCAUGUGCACCCAUGCGCAUCAAAGCUUAAGUUUUCCUUUAAAAAAAAUCCAUCCAUUUUUCUACCGCUUGUCCCUCGCAAAACUAGUUUAUGUAGACUUUGUGCAGACUUACCGUGUGUAGACUGUGUCACUCGCGCUACAAGCAAGUGAUUCUUUGAAAUUAUAUUUCUUUCAUUGUGUUUUCUGACCAGCAUGUAGACACUUUCAGAAUGAGAAAAAGUAUAUUGAGGCAAAUAAUAAUAACCUACAUUUUCCUUUUCCUCACCGUUAUUUAAACAGGAAUAGCUACAGAUAGCUGUUUUUGUCAAAGCAGCUCGAUUCAACAGAACACUGGCUCUCAGCUUUUUGUGGCCUUAAACAAGAUUUUUUCUUUUUUUGUGCUUUCAUAUUACUCACAUUUGAUUUUAUAAGUCCCGCCCUGAAAGGCUCCAAAUGUCACUACUUUUUUAAAUGGUCACAACCAGGGACGUAAUUUGGUGGGCAAGGUAGGUGGGACAUGUCAUCUGACUUUUUUGAAAGGCAGUUUCGGUUCCCUGCCCACCAUAGGGUUGUAUAAGGCACUUUGUUGUUUGUUUUUUGCCAAUCCUAACCAUAGAUUGUUUAUUGUAAAUAUCUAUGAGUUCUGACUUUUAGCCAUUUAUGCGGUCUAAGAAGGUCUUAAAUCAGGCUUGGGCAAUUAUUUUGACUCGGGGGCCAAAUAUAGAGAGGAAAAAUGUGUCUGGGGGCUGGUAUAUCAAUCUGUAGGAAAACUAAUGCAAAACCUCACAAUAAAGUCUGAUUGAAUGCUAAAAAUGUUUUCACAGACUGCCUUAAAAACGGAAUGGAAUUGCAUUUUUUCUAUGAAAUAUAAAACCCUGAAUAUUGAGAACAUAUGAACGUCACACCCGCUUUCAAUCUACACAUUUUACAAUCAAGCCAAAUGCAAAAAAAAUGCAGCAAACACAGCAAAAUAUGAACGUGAAGGGUAAAAAAACAAACAACAUCUACAGUCUAAUAUAUAAGACUGUAUCACUAAGCUUUAGAACUUUCUUGUAAAAAUCUCCUUCCACGUCCGUCCCUGAGACACACAUUUCAGGCUGGCCGUUCUGGAAAAGCUCUGUGGAAACGCUCCCCACCCACACUGCUUGGUGCCUCGUCUGACCUGCUGUGACGUAGAUUACUAUAGUAAGUAGUAGGGUUGUACGGUAUACGGGUAUUAGUAUAGUAAAGCGAUACUAAUGAAUCAUAUUCGGUACCAGACCGCCUCUGAAAAGUACCGGUCCUCCACAUCCUAAGAUUUUUGUUAAAAUAAAGCCAAUAAUGCAAUUUUUUCUGGUCUGCUUUAUUUAGAAAAGUAUGGAAAAGUACCAAAAAGUAUCAAAAUAGUAUUGGUAUCAGGACAAGACUAGUCACUAAAUAUCAUGGAAAAUCGCAGAUUCCAAUCAUUGAAAUAUGUUGUAUUGUUCAAAACUUAGGGUAAUUUGAAAACCUCACUACACAUCAUAAUGGCAGCGACACUUUCCAUCUUAAAGAUCUAAAAAAAAUAUUUGGGAAUGUAUUUGCCCAGGUCUGUCUUAAAUGAACCCAAAUAGUUCCAGUGGUAAAUGAGGUGCCCAAAAAAGUCCCAAAUGAACCCAUGGAGCUUCAGAUUUUUUGGGUAAAUGUUCAACCUUUUGGAUGAUUGAGUCAAUUUUGGGGAACUUGGGGAUCUUUAGAGGUAAUAUGAACCUUUUUGGGGUACUUCUGGACCUUUGGGUAUAUUGCUUCGCUGGUGUGAAAUUAUUUUGCCAAAGUUAAUCUCUGACAUGUUACAGACAUAUGAACCAUUUUGGGGAUUGGUCUCAUGCUGGUGUCCAGAAUCAGGACCAAACAUGGUGAGGCUGCGUUUCAGUUUCACAAUCUGGAAUGGUAUUCUUGAAAAUGUGAGACAGGCAGUGUUGGCAAUGUUCAAAUCCAGGCUGAAAACAAUUGUAUUUAAUUGUGCAUAUUACAACUGAGAGUCUGUUCUCAACACAUUUUGAGUGUACUGUAAUUGAAAAAAUAAUAGUAUUAUGAUUUUAAUUUGUUUUUCAUUUGAAUUAUGUUGACUUUUACUUGUUUCAUUUUCAGUUUUGCCUUCUUGUAAUUUUCUGUACAGCACUUUGAAUUGCGUUUUGUACGAAUUGUGCUUUCUAAAUAAACUUGCCUUGCCUUGC